AUGUCUGGCAAGAUCAAAGGCAUCUACAAAGGUUUCAAGUCCAUUUCCCACAUCUUUGCCGUGAAGGAGCGAGAAAUGGAAAUUGGGAACCCCACAGAUAUUAAACAUGUGGCACACAUUGGUUGUGAUCACUCUUCCACCAUUGCUCCCAGUUGGAUGAAUGAAUUCAAGACUGGUCCCGGUGAAACAACAAAAUCAACCGGGAAAACCAGAGUUUCUCAUCCUACAACUCUUUCAACACCCUCCUCUCAUCAAUCAAUGGAGUCUAAAGCAACCAUAGAGAUGAAGAGAAACCGGUCUUGCAUGGAUCUUCCCAAUGUUACGAUGAAACGAAAAAGAAGAAAGAAGAGCACUUCCAUUGCCGAGUCUUCUUCCACGAAAUCUCAACGACGAUUAUCGAAGACGAAUGCAACAUCCUUGGAAAUAUAG